UCUCUCUCAAUUUCAUAGUAACAGUUCCUUCAACAAAAAUGAUUCUCUCCAAACCAUUCUCAUGCCUCAAUUUUCUUCUCAUCAAGACCAUUUUCUUUUUGUUUUUUCUUCCAAAUUCCGAGUCACUUUUCAACUUCACCAGCUUCUCCGGAGAUGAAAACAUUAUCUUUCAAGGUGAUUCCUCUGCAGCCAAUGGAACUCUGCAGCUCACAAAGGUUGACGAAACAACCGGGUUUCCCGUCGCUAAUAGCGUUGGCCGAGCCUCCUUUUCGAAGCCGGUGCAGCUUUGGAAUAACAACACGGGGAAGUACGCAGAUUUCACAGCUCAUUUCACCUUCAGGAUCAAAGCAAAUGAUACUAAAAGUAAAUAUGGCGACGGCAUCUCUUUCUUCAUCGCGCCGUUUGAGUCGGACAUCCCUGCCAAUUCGAGUGGUGGAUAUCUUGCGUUGUUGAGUCCUGAAUCCGCGAAUGACUCUAGACGAAGCAAUCCUAUUGUCGCGGUUGAGUUCGAUAGUUAUCAGAAUUCCUGGGAUCCGAGUUCUGAUCAUGUCGGAAUCAAUGUUGAUUCGAUUGAAUCAGCAACAACUAUCAAAUGGAAUAGUAGCAUUAAAGAUGGAAGAGUGGCGAAUGCAUGGGUGAGUUAUGUCUCGGCUAGUAAUAUUCUCAGUGUUUAUCUAACUUACGUUGAGAAUCCAGAAUACAGUGGACAAUCUGUUCUUGCACAUAGGAUUGAUUGGAAGGAAUUCUUGCCACAAAGCGUCCGAAUCGGUUUCUCUGCAGCCACCGGAGACUCGUAUGAAACACACAACAUUCUCUCUUGGUCAUUCAUCUCAACCUUGGAGGAUGGCAAUACAGACGGGGAAGGGAAAAGCAAUGCAGGUUUAGGGAUCGGUUUAGGCGUCGGUUUUGGGGCUUUGGGUGGACUAGGUUUGAUUUUGUUCAUCUUUUGGAGGAGAAGGGCUGCGAAGAAAAAGAAACUAGAGGAGGCAUAUGAUGAGUCUAUUGAUGUUGAAUUUGGGGAAACUGGGCCAAAAAGAUUUACUUACCGCGAGCUAAGUCAAGCCACAAACGAAUUUUCCGAGCAAGGGAAGCUUGGACAGGGAGGAUUUGGAGGUGUCUACAGGGGUGUGUUAAGUGAAUCGAAUAUGGAAGUGGCGGUUAAGAGGAUAUCUAAAGGAUCAACACAGGGCAAAAAGGAAUACAUUUCGGAAGUGAAAAUCAUCAGUCGUUUAAGACACAAGAAUUUGGUUCAACUUAUUGGGUGGUGCCAUACAAAGGGUGAGUUUCUUCUUGUCUAUGAACUUUUGCCUAAUGGAAGCCUUGAUAUACAUCUCUUUGGAGGGAAACCAACAUUGAUAUGGUCAGUUAGAUACAAAAUAGCCCAUGGAUUGGCCUCAUCCCUAUUGUACCUUCAUGAAGAAUGGGAAGAAUGUGUCGUUCAUAGAGAUAUCAAGUCGAGCAAUGUCAUGUUGGAUUCAAACUUCAACGCCAAGCUAGGUGAUUUCGGCCUUGCCAGGCUAGCAGACCACGAAUCGGGUCUACAAACAACAGUUUUGGCAGGCACCAUGGGUUACAUGGCCCCAGAGUGUGUGACAACUGGAAAAGCUAGUAAAGAGUCCGAUGUGUAUAGUUUCGGUGUUGUUGCACUUGAAAUCUGUUGCGGAAGAAGACCGGUUGAACGAAAUGCAGAGCCAAGCAAGGUAAGUCUUGUGGAGUGGGCGUGGAACUUAUAUGGAAAAGGCCAAGUCCUCGAAGCCGCUGACACGAGACUAAAUUUGGAAUUCGAUGAGGAGCAGAUGGAGUGCUUGAUGGUGGUUGGGUUGUGGUGUUGCCAUCCCGAGCCCUCUUUCAGGCCUUCUAUCAAACAGGUGGUGAAUGUUCUUAAUUUUGAAGCUCCAUUGCCUAAUUUACCACCAAACUUACCAAGGCCAAUGUAUUUUGCACCCUCAACGGACAUGAAUUCUUCCUUCUAUUCAUCAUCUGGGACUACAAGUUCGACCAACUAUCAAAACCAAUAUUCAUCUGGCAGUUAUUUGACGGAUUCAUCAAAAUCAGAAGGACUUUCUAUACCUUUGCAAAAAUUCUCACAAGGUUGACAUGUUACGUGUCUAGCUCAAAGAAA